AUGGGAAUCUGGAAUAACUAUGAAAAACACACUGAAAUAAUUGUGUUUGACUGGAACAAAAUUCUUGCAAAGUCCCCAAGGAUGAGAUUCUGUGCCAAAUCAAUGCUUCUGUCUGACUGGCUCUUUCUGCUCUAUGUGUUAAUGGUCUGCUGUAAAUUGUUGUCCGCCUCUAGUCACCAUCCCCGGGGGCACACAGGGCAGCACCAGGUGAAGCAGGGCACGUGUGAGGUGGUGGCCGUGCACCGGUGCUGCAACAAGAACCGGAUCGAGGAGCGCUCGCAGACCGUGAAGUGCUCCUGCUUCCCAGGCCAGGUGGCCGGCACCACGCGGGCCCAGCCCUCCUGCGUGGAAGCUUCCAUUGUCCUGCAGAAGUGGUGGUGUCACAUGAACCCCUGUUUGGAUGGAGAGGACUGUAAAGUACUACCAGACUAUUCAGGUUGGUCUUGCAGCAGUGGAAAUAAAGUCAAAACCACAAAGGCAAGUACAGAGAUCACCUAUAUUUAA